GUUGCGCGACGAGCAACGGCCGAAAGUGAAGUCCGGCUUCGUUUGUUGGGCAUGGAGCGGGGAGAGCCGGCGGCGGCGGCGGCUGGAGAGUCUGCUGGCAGCGCCCGUAGUCUGCCAGAGGCUCAGGAACAACAAAAUUGUGACAUAGGUGAAUUUUUUGAGUGUGAAGAUGAGAGCAAAAACCUACAUGCUAAAUUAAUGGAGGAACAACAGCAGUUAUUAGAAGAAUUGCAACAAAAAAUGGAAGCUACACAUCAAGGAGAGCUGCAACAAGCAGAGGUCCCAGAUAAUCUUAAAUUGGAAGCCUUAAGGCUAAGUUCAAAUAAUAUACGCACAUCUCAGAUGGAGCUAAUGCAAAUGAAUCUGACAAAGGAGAAGGAAACUGCCCUAAUGGAGCUCCGUGAAAUGCUUAAUGAUAAGCAUGCUCAAGAAAUUGCAGUUCUGCAAAGUCGAUACCAUUUUGAAUUGGAGCUUAUAAAGAAACAGAAUCAGAAAGAAAAAGAAGAAAUGGCUUUGAAACAUCAACGUGAUAUGGAUGAACAGAAGAAGGAAAUAACUCUGGAAAUGGAGGAGAAACAUCUUCACGUUUUGGAGAAUCUUAAAAAAGAAUGGGCAUUGAAUGCAGAUGUCAGUUUAAAAAAUGUAUCUGAAGAGUUAUCUCUAAAACAUCAGACCGAAUUGAACAAGAUGAAACAAAACUUAACAGCAGAAACUGAAGAAUUAAAGAAAAAAAUGGAGAAGCUGUCUCUUGAAAAAAGACAGGCUGAAAUGGAACAUAAAAUUCUAGAAAAUAAAUACCAUCUAACCAUGAAAACACUGCAGAGUGAACAUGAAAAAGAACUGCAAGAUGUAAAAGAGCAAAGCAAGAAACAAGUAGAAGAGUUGCAGCAGGAGAUACAGAAACUAAAGGCAGAUUCAGAAGAAGAAAUGGCACAACUUUGGUCACAACUGGAUAGCGCACGGGCAAGUCGGCAAGAAUUAAGUGAACUGAAAAUACAGCUGCUUGCUCGUACCUCACAUGUGGAAGAACUUGAAUAUCUGAAAAAAGAUUUUCAACUUAAAUGGGAAAAAAAAAGGACUGAACAUGAAACUGAGUUGGAACAACUAAGGCUUUAUUUUGAACAGAAAUUAAAGUCUGUGGAAGAAAAUUAUAGAGAAGAAUUAACAAUGCUGCAUCAGAGAUUGCAAGAAGUAAAAGAUUAUUCCAUAGUAGAGAUGGACAAAUCCGAAGAACAAGAUGUGGAAUUUGGCCCAUCUGUUACAUUAUUGGAAGAGAUGACAGAAAGAGAAAGGUUGGAUUUGUUUGAACAGCUAACUCAGCAGCUGGAGCACUAUAAGGAAGAACUUUGUUCUUUACAACUGCAUUUGGACAAAAAACAUUUGCAUGAGAUUGAGUUGUUAAGAUCUACUCUUACACUCCAAUACCAAGAGAACAUUAUGAAGAUGAAGUUGGAGCUCUCAGAUAGAUAUACUUCUGAAAUAGAACAACUAAAAAGGAAACAUUGUUUAAAUCUUGAACAGCUACGUGCCAAAAUUUCAGAAGAACACCUUAAAGAAAUUACUAAAAUUCGUCUACAAAGUGCUCAAGAUGCUGCACGUCAGAUAGAAACAGAGGUGGCAGAGCAACUCUUGUUGUUGGAGAAUGAGUACAAGAAUGACCUUGGUUGUCUUCAGCUUGAGAUACAGUCCAUUUCUGCUCAACAAGAAGAAAUAGAAAAACUGAAGAGAAAAAAUACUGAAUUAAAGGAAAUCAGUGUACAACAAGAAAAGCUUUUGAAAGAAGAAUUAGAUCAGAUUAAGUGUAAACUAAUUGAAGAUCAUACAGAUGAAUUAAGAAGAACUAGAAAAGAGCUCUGGGAAGUGGAACAGACUCAUAAAGCAAAAGCUGAAGAAUGGAAACGUGAAAAGGAGAUAUUGGUAGCGGAAACUAAAGAAAAAUUAUCAUUGCUUCGUAAAGAGCUUCAGAACAAGGCAGAAUAUGAGAAGCAAGCAUGGCAAAGGCGGUUUGACCUUCGAGAAGCAGAAGUGACUUGCCUUCAAGAACAGCAGGCUGCUCAAAUUGUAGAAUUAGAGAAAAUUCUAAAAGAGCAGCAAAAUACUAUCCAGCAGUUAGAGGAUAGUUUAGUAAAUGCACAGAAGACUUUGGCUCAGUAUAACAGUGAAUUAUCUUCCACAAAGACCCUCAUGGCUGAAGAAUUAGAAAAAGCUAAACAAGUUUUACAAGAAGAAUAUAAGGCUAAUUAUAAAGAAGCACAAAGCAGAUUUUUGGAAGAGAAUAAAAAAAGCGAAACAGAACAUGAAAUUCUUCUCCAGGAAUUGAGGGAAAAGCAUAUUGAUGAGCUAGAACUUCAAAAUAAAGAGUUGCAGCAGGAACACAAGGAACAAAUUUUGUCCCUUACAUCCAGCCAGCAAGCUGAAAUUGAAGUUCUCAGAUCUACAUUAGAAAGAAAACAACAGAAUUGGUUAAAGACUCAUGUGGCUGAUAUCCAGAGAAAUCAUCAAGCGCACAUUACACAGUUGGAGACAAAGCAUUUGUCUGAUUUGAAUAGUCUGGAGGCUACGUACCAUUUUGAAAUUAAGUUCCUGCAAGAAGAGCACAAGAAAACUCUUGAGAGUUUACAGAUAAAUUUGAAAGAACAAUUACUUCAGAAGGAUAAAGAAAAUCAAAUGCUUUUGGCUCAAGAAUUAAAUACGAUGAAACUUAAAUAUGCUGAAGAACUGCAGGUUUGUGAAGACAAUCUGAAAAUAGAGCUGGCUGGUGUUCACAUAGAAAAACUUAAAAUAAUGACUGCUGAAAGUGAAGAUGUUCAUAAGAAAGAAGUCCUCCAAAUGGAGGAAGAACAUAAAAAAAGAAUACAGGGAUUGCAAGAUCUUCAUUUGGUGGAAAUCCAGAAAGAAAAAGAAAAUUGUCAGCAUCUUCAGAGAGAAUUGGAGCAAAUAAAGUCAGAAAAACAACAGCUGGAGAAAGAAAUCAAUUUUUUAAAGAAAGAGGUGGAAGAGGCCAAUACUGAAUUAAAAAAUCUACAUCCACAAGGCAGAGUUAAUCAAGAAGGAAAUACUCUUAUAGCCUUGUUGAGAGCGGAUAUUGACAAUUGCAGGAAUGAAAGGGAUAAACUACAAGAAUCUUGUCAGCAGGCUUUGAAAUUACUUCUGAAAAUGGUGCAGUCCACAAAAGAUAUGGAAGAUCUUAUCUGCAAGAAAAUUGGCCUUUGUUUUGAUGACAGCUUGGCAUCUGGAGAUUCAAGAGAGAGUCAGAUCAUGUCUGGAGAAAUAGUACUCACACACACGCUGAAAACAAUGGAGAAAUGGCAAUUAAAGAAAAACAGUAGAAUUUUCCAAGGUGAAGUUCUUGAUCAGACUGCACUGGAACACAGCUUUGAUUCUUUGGAACUGAGUGAGCAUUUAUGUGAAAGUAUUUUUGAAAAUCCAGAGCUUAUAUUUGAAAAUGAAGAGAGGAUUAAAAAAAUCUGCCAUUGUUUAUAUAUCACUGUGGAGAAACUUCUUGAGAUGCUUGCUGAAUCAACCAAACAACUGGAGGAAAUGCAUAAUAUCCAUAGUCAUUCUAAAGAGGACUGCGAGAAUAAGAAUUGGGAAGCAUGCCAAGUGCUUAAUGAGCAGCAUGAGUUAAUGGACUGUUUUAAUGAAGAGAGUAAAGUGCAGAAUCAACUUACAUUGGAGCUUCAUAAAGCAAAAG